AUGGAACACGCUCUCCCGAGACUCGGAUUAGUCUUCAUCGCCUUGACCUUAAUCCAGAGAUCAGAAGGUCACGGCUAUAUGAUAGAACCACCCGGAAGGUCAAGUAUGUGGCGGAAAGGAUUCAAAACGCCCAUUAACUACGAUGACAACGGCGUACGCUGUGCUAUAACGGAGAAAAACUGCAGAGUUUGUGGGAACAGAGACAAUGAGGCUGGAGGGCGAUAUGCCACAGGACAAUUGCUAGAACUUAUACCCAAGACAAUCUCAAUAACAGUGACAAUUACCGUCAACCACAAAGGUUACUUUGAGUUCAGCCUGUGUCCCAACAACAACGUCCACAGAACAGUCACUGACGAGUGCUUGCAGCGUCAUAUACUUCAGCUAGAAGAUGGCCAGACGAGGUUUCAGCUGAAAUCUGGCGUGACAGGGGAUAUAACCAUUAAAGCCAAACUUCCUCCAGGAGUUACAUGCUCUCAGUGUGUGCUUCGGUGGUUCUAUAAAACUGGUAAUAGCUGGGGUUAUGACCCAGUUACCAAAGAGUCAUGUCUCGGAUGCGGUGUUCAAGAGAGAUUCUUCAGCUGCGCAGAUGUCAGCAUCGUGCCUGCCAGACAUCAGUUUGCCGACCCUCUACCACAGUCUGAUCAGACACUGGGAGAUCUGAGUCCUCCCAGCGACUAUGAAAACAGGGUUGAGAUUUCUCAGGAGGACAACAAAGAUAGGACCGCUGCCGAAGUCUGGGCUACAGGGCUGCCUCCAGCUGAUGAAGAUUAG